ACAGUAACGUAUAACACCCAACGGCGCUUUCUCUGAGUGAAGUUGAGUGAACACGUUGAGAGCCCGCUAUCUGUUGGAUCCAUGUGGUUUUACCUGGACUCACAACAACAUUCUGUUUUUGCGUCAACGCAGGACCGGCAACCAUCGUUGGCAAAAUAAACAGAUUUUGAUUGAGAAAAUGUUAUGAUAGACAGUUGUAGAAAAGUGGUAACCAUUAGACGUUGACUUGUUAGUACCUACUACGUCCGGAUGCACUGCAGUGGGAGUUCCUCUACAAACGGGAAUCUGCAGAGGAUUAAAGAAGGAUUAAUCACAGAAGUGCACGAUGUUGGGAAUACGGACCGUCCUAUGGACUUUAUCUGUGGCGCUGUCGGUUGUCACUGGAGCAGAUUUUAAAGCACAUAACUGCAGUGAGGUUAGACAAGCUUCUAUCGCAAAAGGCUUCAGCUUUGAAAAUGUUCCUCUGCAAGAAAUGUCAGGCGACCAUCUUCGUGUAUGUCCUCAACGGAGCACCUGUUGCACCUCUGAAAUGGAGGACAAGUUUGGCCAACGGAGCAAGCUGGAGUUGGAGAACCUGGUCGAUGAAACUAGUCAUGAAUUACGAAGCACUUUUGUCUCCAGACAUAAAAAGUUUGACGAGUUCUUCCUGGAGUUGUUGGAGAACACGGAGAAGUCUUUGAACGAGAUGUUCGUGCGGACCUACGGAAAGCCGUACAUGCAGAACUCGGAGGUGUUCCAGAACCUGUUUGCCGAGCUGAAACGCUACUACACGGGAGGCAACGUCAACCUGGAGGAGAUGCUCAACGACUUCUGGUCGCGGCUGCUGGAGCGCAUGUUCACGCUGCUCAACUCCCAGUAUGUCAUCACUGAGGACUAUCUGGAGUGCAUCAGUAAGUACACGGACCAGCUCAAGCCCUUUGGAGACGUACCCAAGAAGCUCAAGGCUCAGGUUACCAGGGCUUUCAUCGUGGCACGCACUUUCGUCCAGGGCCUCUCGGUCGGUAGAGAGGUGGCCAGCAGGGUGUCCAAGGUGAGCAGCACCCCAGCGUGUAUCCGAGCACUGACCAAGAUGAUGUACUGCCCAUACUGCCAAGCCAUGCCCUCCGUGAAGCCCUGCAACAACUAUUGUCUGAACGUCAUGAAGGGCUGCCUCGCCAACCAGGCUGAUCUGGACCCAGAGUGGAACCAGUACAUCGAUGCCAUGUUGCUGGUGGCACAGAGGCUGGAGGGACCCUUCAACAUUGAGUCUGUCAUGGAGCCCAUUGAUGUGAAGAUUUCUGAGGCCAUCAUGAAUAUGCAAGACAACAGCGUCCAGCUCUCCUACAAGGUUUUUCAAGGCUGCGGCCAGCCAAAGCCCUCAGGAAUGGGUGGCAGGUCUACCCGCGGCAUUUCGGAUGUGUUCAACGCCCGUUUCAGGCCCUACAGCCCAGAGGAGCGGCCCACCACUGCAGCUGGCACCAGCCUGGACAGACUGAGGAUUGUCUGGAGUGCGAUGCAACACAGUUUGAUUGACAUAAAGGAGAAACUGAAGCUGUUCAAGAAGUUCUGGUCCAACCUGCCUGAGGACAUCUGCAAGCCACACAGGGUGACAGCAGGGAAUGCCACCGAUGAUGACCAGUGUUGGAAUGGGCACACCAAGGGCAGGUAUUUCCCAGAGGUUCUGAAAGACGGAUUGACCAAUCAGGUGAAUAACCCUGAGGUGGGCGUGGACAUCACCAGGCCGGACACGUUCAUUCGCCAGCAGAUCAUGGCUCUGAGAGUGAUGACAAACAAGUUAAAAAAUGCCUACAAUGGCAAUGAUAUCUACUUUCAAGACUCAAGCGACGAGGGCAGUGGCUCGGGCAGUGGCAGCGGCUGCACGGAGGCCUGCGUCACUGAGUUUGACUUUGCCAGCACCGAGGCCCCGGUGGUGGGAGCGGACCGGAGCGGGAGUGGCCCGAUGGAGGAUUCAGCAGCAGCCACACACCCUGCCCCCUCAGCAGCCCUGCUGGCCAGCCUGGCCCUUUCAGCCCUGGCACUGCACAGACUAUGGAGAUAAUGCUGGGGGAACUCACCUAACGUGGACAGUAGGAUCUCUCUCUACGCUGUGUUUUUCUACCCAAACAGACUGGAGCUACAGUCAAGCAGACAGUAUUCAGGCAGCCUUGGCCUUUCGGAUAGAUAGAGGGGUCUACUCUGCUCUGGAGACAGCAGUCAUGCAUCCUGGUUCCCCUUUCCUCCUCCCAAAGAGUGUCUGGUUGUUGAUUCCAUCCUUAGGCAGGGCUUCACAUGACUGCAGUCACUCCAAGAUAUAAACAGAUGAUCUCCUGUUAAACAUUGUUCAAGAAUUACUUUUGUCUGGCACAAGGCAGAUGUUAUUAGGUCUCCAUGAGAAAAAGCCCUUGCACUUUUGGUCCUAUUUUAUUUUUUAUUUUUCUCAAUGCUAGAAGGUUAUUAUGUUUUUUUCACUGUGAGUAUGUGGAGAGGUUACACCUAAAGGUGACCAGGAGUCACAGCUAAAGCAUGUUUACUAUGGUUUACUGUUAUACCACAUUAUACUAUGAGGUGAUCUCAGUCGACAGGUCUUUUACUUGUGGACAGUUUAGAAGUGCAUUUCCUCAUUCAAAUAACAAACCUCAGACGACCCCAAAAUCACAUAAAAAAAUAAAAAAAUAGAAACAGUACGGCUGUCACAAUAAUUGUUGGUUUCUACCUUGUUUCCUCUGCUUUAAAUAUUAUUGAUUACAUCUACAUUGACAGUACAUAAUACCAAUGAAACAUGUUUGUUGUUAAUGUUAUUCAGGUAAGGUAAGAUAUUCUAUUACCAGUGUUGAGGAAGCUAAUCUGAAAAUAUAGUUUACCAAGCUACCAAUUACUUCAAACUGGAAGAAGUUAAGCUACACAAAAGCUACCCUAAUAAUGUUAACGCUAAUAAUACAAAAUAUAUAUAUAUUAUAUAAUAUAUUAUAUAAAAAAAAGUAUUUCACUACAUCCAAACUACUUCAAAAAUGAAUGAUCAUAUGCAAAUCCGAAAUGUCAUAGACUACAAAUUGCAUCUUUGGGAUAAAAUGUUAACGGAAUUUGUAAUUGUGUCUAUUAAACACAAGCACAAUGUUCCAAGUGAGAAUUAGUCAGGUCUGAUGCCGAAAAAGAAAGGAAAUGAUUUCCUACCCGUAUCUUGCAAAAAGAGUCAUGUGUAAUUCCAGUUGUUAGCUACACCACUACAUGGUAACAAGUCAUUAACUACUGAAAACACUACCAAGAUUAGAAUAUAGUUCAACUACCACCAAGCUACUGCAAAAUGUAGUUAAAUUGUAGUUCACUACUCCCCAACACUGUGUAUUGCUCAUAUCUGAUAUGAGUUUAUACCAUUUACUGCGUUCUAUUCUUUGUUAUGUUAUCAUAUCACAAAGAACCUCAUCAGAAAUAUUGCUUUAUGUUCUAUGGGGAUAUCCACUAUGUAUUUUCUAAUCAUUAAAAGAGUAAGAGAAUGGUCAAACGUGCAAACUAUCCACCUGAAAUGUAUUGGUGGGAGGUUAUUGAAGGCAUACACUCAUUUAGUCCCUUUUAAGUGUCACUAUUUUUUUUAUAUCCUCUGAUAUGAACCUUUACCUGAUAACUCAGGAUUGAUAUGCUUUUAAUUAUGUUUUUAUUGUUAAUUCAACUUUAACUGCACAUGCUUAACUUCAAAAAGGGUUUUCAUUACCAACAAUGUGAUGUCUUGAACUUCCCAUCUGUCGUUUUAAAGGCAAAUUUAGAUACAGGAAGACACCUUGUUCUAAACAUUCUAGCAAGCCCUUUCUCGUGUACAGUACACAUAACAUUGAUUCAAACCAGACUGUCUGCAUUCGUUACUAAAAACAAUAAAUAAUGACUGAGGAUCAACAAGAUGACGUGCCAAAUUGUAGUAGGUUAAAAGCACAUUGAAGGCUAAAAAUGCAGAAGACAAAAAAGACACCUGCAUUUAUCUCUGGCACCUGAGGGGUUCUAUCUGCGGUGACAGGCUCAAUGCCGACCACAGACACCUGUGGAAUUAGAGUUAUAGAAGGUAGAGAGUGUCUGGACAGGGUUGAAUGCUCCAGUGAGGAUAGGCAGUAGAGCAUGCCUACAGAGACUAGGAAGAGGAUUACUGAAAGGAGAGUUCUGUAUUGCCCCCCUUCAAACGCUAGCCAACAAAACCAGUCUGUGUUCGUGUUCUCAGAGGGCCAGCCGGUCAACUCAGUAAACCACAAAAGGCCAGCUAAGCUUACAUAACAAGGGAGUUAGGAUUAUAUUAAAAUCCUUCAGCUUUUAUCAUGGUCUCUUAAUGGACUCAGUGCAGCAUAUAAAUUGUGUGAGCUUGCUUCGUUGCCUCUUGAUAAACCAGUAUUAGUGUUCAUCUUGUAUGAAUGUAAGGCAAAAUUAUGAUGUGCAAAAUUAUGGAGAACAAAACAUUUUGUCCCUUUGUCAGUGUGUCCUUAAAAUACGAUUCUUUAAUAUGAAUAAUUAUCUUGCAGGAUGCUGUUUUUUAUUUUGUGUAUCAUUGCACUUUUAAUGGUAAUAUAUUUGCAAUAUUUUGUCUUGAAAAUUGAUGUUUAUGGAUCAGCAAAUUAAUGUCAAACAAAUGUUUCCGAAACAUUAUUCAUCAACAUUUCAUACAGUCAAAUGCAUUCUAUUGUAACAAAAAGAAGAUCAUGAUGAUAUCUGUUGCUUAGAAUUGGAAAACUGAUUCAAGCCAAUAAGGUUGAUGAUCUAGUUAACAUAAAGACCGUACAAACAAAAAUGCCUUACAGUUUUUUAAUGCAAUUAAAAUGGUUGCAUCUGUGUUUUGUUACUCUUUCUUGCAAAUAAAUAUUUAUUAAGA